GGAGGUGGAGACGGAGUGUUGUUGUGUAGCCAGUGUCAGAUCCCACGUCUCGGUUAUUUCAUGUGCAAGUUCCACAGCUACACACGUUGACAGCCAUGGAGUCACCUGAUAUUCAAGCGAAGUAUCAAAAGCUUGCUGCUGAGUACUCCAAGCUGCGUGCCCAAAACCAGGUCCUGAAAAAAGGUGUUGUAGAUGAACAAGGAAAGACACAACAGUUAUCAGAGUUAUUAAAGUCCCGUGAUCAACAGCUACGAAAAGCAGAACAAGAAAAUGACUCCUUGACCUUUAGGAAUCAGCAGCUUACAAAGAGGCUAAUGCUUCUUCAAGAAGAUCUGGAUGAAAUACAGUCAAAAACCAAAAGAGGGAAAGGAAAAUCUGACAGUUUAUCUGAAAGCACUCCAAGUGACCAAGAUGUUUUUACUGAAGAAUUACAGCUGAAGAUACAGGAAAAUGCAAGAUUGCAGUCAGAGCUAGCAGACAUUGAGGCUCAUUAUCGUAAAAGAGUGGCUGACCUGGAAUCACAGCUGGAAGCUUCAGAAAGGGAAAUACAAAAGAACAAAGAUAUGCUUCAGCAUCGAGAGAAGUCUGCAAAUGAAGUUGUUGACCAGUUGGAAAGUGAACGUGUGCGACAGGAGGUUGUAGCACAGCAAAAGGAAUCUGAACUGAGAUCACUGAAAGAGCAGGUUGUAGUUCUCCAGGAGAAACUGAAAAAUGCGGCUGUUGCUAACACCUCAACCAUACAUGAUGUUCCAUCAGGCAAAGAAGAAAAAACAACUCACCCACUUCCUAACAAAAAGUUAUCGGCUAUUAAUCUCAGUAUCCCAGUUCAAAAUGGGAGGGAUAAAGCUACAGGUGCCAGUGCUAGAAGUCUUGUAGAUUCAUUUGACAGCAUGAUCCAAGAAUUUUGUACUUCAUUUGCCAAAUUUUUAUGCACCUACAGUACUAGAGUGAAAUUGUAUGAACAGCUCUCAGAAGUGAAACAAAAGUUGAUGGAUGCCUUGAAUUCUGCAGCAGCACCUUGGCAUUCUUUAGCAGCAGCUUAUCGCCAACUGGCAGAAAAUGCCUCUGGGGAAGGGUUUGUUGCUUUAGAAACCCUUUCUGGGCUCUCACAAGUCAGUCGUCAUGUGACAUCCUGUGGAGCCAUAUUGCGGAAGGUCCUGCCCUUAGUGGUUCACUGGGUAUCAGAAGGUAGUAGAGGUCAGGUUGAUGGUGACCGUCUGGGAGCGGCAUGGAGUGCGGCAUUCAGCAGACUGGUAUCAGCAUGGGGAUCUCUGGCCCCAUAUGUGGCAACUCUUGCUAACCAGAGCACCUCAAACUCAAGCUUGCCUCCAAGUGCCCAGGGUCGUGUUAUCUCUAUGCUCAGUGACCGACUAAACAAUCUGCAUGCAGCAUUAAAAGAAGCAGGAAAUACAUACCAGAAGAAAUCAGCAAGUGAGAAAGAUCAUCCUUCAACAUCAGGAGAAGCAAAGGCAGCAAAUGAUGAAAUAAUUAAUGUAUUGAAUACUCUCUCCUCUGUAACAAACAAGAUGUCUACUGUUUUUAAGGAACAAGUUGUACCAUCUUGGAGCAGAGGUGGUUCAACGCCAAGUACGCCAUCAUCACCUUAUGUAGGAAUGCCGUACAGCCUUAACAAAUCAAAAAAUAAUUCAAGUUCCAAUUUACAAGAGGAUGGACCCUCUACCUUGGAAGAUGGAACACUAGUCAGUCCUAGUGAUGGUACCAACCUUGGAGAUGCAGAAGCCUCUUUGAUGAAGCAGUUGGCACUUGCUUCAUCAAAGUUAAGUCAGUUAGAAGCUGAGAGAGAGCACUGGAGGCUGGAGCAUCAGUUGUUGCAGUGUAAACACCAAAAAGAAGCAAAGCGUGUGCGACAGUUAGAAAACCAACUUAGGGGUGAUGUUCCAGCCACAGAUGGGGAUGCAGACAGUACACACUCAAAAGAUCGAUCCUCAUCUCAUAUAUUAAGCACCUCAUUACUAGGUGAAGUGCAUGGAUCUGAUGGUGCUUCGGAUGAAAGAGAAAAAGACAUUCGUAACCAUUUCACAAGUCGGUGUUCACACCUCUACAUGCAACUCACAUCAGCUGCAAGCCAGGCUGCUUUGUACCAGAAUGAGUGUGAGUCUCUGAUGCGACGGUUGGUGGUAAGUGAGGAGAACAAAGCUGCAUCAGAACAAGAAGUAGACAAGCAGAGGGAAUGUGUUAAUCAGCUAAAGGAGACUCUGCAGACAACUUCACGAAAUUACGAGGAACAAAUAUCAACAAUGUCAGAGCAUUUAGCAGAUCUGAAUGAAAAGUUAACAAGUCAGACAGAAUAUAUUGAUCAAUUGAAAUAUGAAAUUAAGAAUAAGAAGGGCAAGAAGUAGGGGUAGACCAAUCCAGUCGUCAAGAAUUUUUUUUUUCUCUGUUCGUUUUGAAAGGAGGUAAUGAGGUAGUGAAAAGCCUUACUCUUUUUGUGAUGAUGGUGAUGUAUGGAUCAGAAUUUUGUAAUUGAUCAUCAUCUUGCCUUAAUUGACUUUUUUUUUCUGUGAGAGAGUACAUUUGAAAAGAAUCUUUUAGGGAAAGAGAAAGCAUGAUUAUUAGUGCUGUAGUACAAGUGCAAAUCACUGAGAUCAGGAAAAUGCAUUUUAUGUAAAAUUGAAAAGAAAUUUAUUUUGUUUAAAAGAUACAGCUCGAGAUUAAUGACUUUUGUUUCAUUUUUUAAAUGUAUGAAAACUUACAUAUAAUUUGUAAAUUUAUCAUAAGGAAAAAUUGUAUAGUAUAUAUUUAACUUAUGUAUAUAAUUAGCAAUAAUUAUCAAUCAUCCAUGUAUAUUCAUAAUCUUUAUGAAAUUUUGUGGUUUAAAAAAAGAAGCAAUAUUGAAACAGGCUUGGUACAAACACUGUUCAAGAGAAGAGCAAUUGAAACACUGUAGCUGCAGUGUUUUAAUCAUUUACAUUUACAUAUAUACUCAUAAACAUGUGCACUUAUAUGAGUUGGUGCUUAUCACUUCAGCAAUCACAACAGAAAGAACAGUUUAGUAUUGGCUCCCAUUGACACCCCAGAUCUUUUUUAUGGAUAAUUUUGGCUGUUGGAAGAUUCAAGAGUGGAAAAGGCUGUGCUUUAUUUUGUAAAGGUGUACAGAUUAAGAUAUAGAAAAUGUUUUAUGAAUUUGUAUAAAGAGAAAUUGGCUUUUAGUUAGAUGACACACUACUUAUAAUUUAAAAAGUAUAUUUUUUUUCUCUCCUCUCCAUUCUUAUAUGAAAACAUUCCAA